AUGGGGAAUUGUGGACUCCACAGAAAGAGAAAGAAAGACGAAAAAGUUGAGGAACACGGCGAUGAGCAGUUAGGACGAGUUAGCCAAAAUUCCUACGGAAAGUCCAAUGCUAGAGACGGGCCUGCAAAGCCAUCAUCUAGGGCCAUUGUGAAAGUCAGAAAACCGCUUCCUCCUUGGGGCUUCAAUAGUCUUCCUAUGCCUAUUAGCAUUCGACACUCUGCGAAAGUUGCAAAUGGUUCCAAAAAUUUCCUCUCAAUGUUCAAGAAGUACAUACCAACGACAACACUAAAGAAGGGUGUUAUUCACUUGCAACAGCGCUACCCCAAAGCCAUACCCUACGUGUAUGCAACGGCUCUCGGUUUUGCUCGACUAGAACAGGCUUGGAAGAAGUGUAAAUUUACUCGACGACCUGGCAUAAAGUCACCCCGAGGUGGUGCUGGAGCUCCAUUUUGUGAUAUAAAGCGACUAGAUGAUCGAGAUGUUCCACCGGAAAAAGAGAAAUGGUGGCGAUAUACCAUGUUCUUAUUAGUCGAUCCCCUAGAAAAGGACAAAUUUCCCCGGAGAUUGGCCGAAAAUGGAGGUCAACUAGUCAGUGUUGAGAGCCGUACAGGUUGUGAAAUCCGAAUUGGGGAGAAAAAGUUCCUCUACCGCGGGAAUCUCGUGCGCCACUUUUUCAUCGACGGACCCACACAGAACGCCAUUGUUUGCUGUCAAAAUUCUCUACCCCAGUGGCUUUUCAAAAACGUCAUCAUUGACCACAAAAACAGCUACAGAAAGGAGCCACUGCCGCCGGAACCAAUGUUAAUGAAGUUGGAAAGAUUCACCAACUUCGAAAUGUCUCGACAGAUGGCGUUAGUGAACUAA